CCAAGCAGCAACAACAACAGAUUUCUCGAGUAUCACACUGUGCUUGUUGUGUUGUUGCGUUGCUGUUGAGUAGACAAUGCUAUGGACUGAGUGACUGUUUUAUAUCCAUCUAUCUAUCUACAGUUCUACCUCUAGCUAGAAAGGCGGUAUACCCCUUGAAAGCUACCCAUAUCCACAUCCAUUAUCUUGAGAACCAUGAAGUCUCCAAGCUAUUCAAGCUACAUGUCUGCAAGUUCUUAUCUAGGAGCUUUGCUGUGUUUUCUGCAUGUCCUUUGCUUACCAGUGGAAGUCUCAGGUACUGGACUGGGAGCUUAUGGUGGCUCUGCUGUGACCAGUGCUCCCAGUGCUGAAGUUAUUACUGUUGGCAGUGAUACUACUAGUGAUACUAGUGGUAGUGAAGCCAGACUGGACGAAGACGUCUCUUCGAAUCGAAUUGUCGGAGGCACUGAAGUCGAAGACGGGGUAAACUUUGAGUACCCAUGGUUCGUUUUCCUUCAAAAUGGUUGUGGUGGGACCUUAGUCUACCCAGAUAUCGUACUGACGGCGGCGCAUUGCGACGUUGUCAUUGGCGUGGAAGCUCUAAUGGGAUCCGCCAACUACCUGGAAUCUCCCACGCGAAUUCCAGUUGCUCAGAGAAUCAUGCAUCCACUCUACGACGACAACUCUUUGGGAAAGUUCUACGACGUGCAAUUGCUCAGGCUAGAGUACCCGGCUCCCUAUGUUCCCGUAGAAAUAAACGACGAACCGUCCAUUCCCACCAAUGGAGAGUCUCUCAAAGUACUAGGACAUGGAUGGAUCACGGAAGAUGGAACCAAUGGAACCUCCACGCAUCUCAGGGAAGUUGACAUCAACUACAUUCAAAAUUGUCUCUCCCCUCCCUACAUUUACGGAAUGUCCGCCUUUGAUUACAACAGUCACGUACACAUGUGUGCAGGAGUGCCGGGGGGAGGCAGGGAUUCCUGUAAAGGAGACUCGGGAGGACCUUUGUUAGAUAGAGAUACCGGGGAACUCGUUGGAGUCGUUAGUUGGGGAUAUGGCUGCGCCAGAUCCGAGGCACCUGGAGUCUACGCAAGGUCUUCCACCAUGUACCCAUGGAUUUGGAGAUCCGUCUGUGACAAUAGUCAAAACGUGGCCAAUGGAGAUUGUACUCCGGGAUUCUUGAACAAUCUCGCUGAUGCACCCACUGUGGCACCCUUACCCACGUCUGCGCCAACCAAGUUUCCCACACAAACACCCACAACACUAUCUCCAACCACAUUAUCACCCACCACCACUGCAAGUACCAUGGGAGCUCUUCGCAUUGAACUAUUGCCAGAUUCGCAUGGACAUCAAAUCGCAUUCACGCUAUAUCGGGUCGAAGCCGGUGGCAACAGAAUACUGUUACAAGAACUCACUGCCGGGACCAUCCCGUCCACCACGGAUGGGGUCAUGCGACGGUACAUGUACAUAUCGCAAGACUUGCCAUUUGACAACGAGUUCGAAUUCAAACUCAACGACAAGGAAGGAGAUGGCAUCUGUUGUGACGAGGGACCCGGAGAAGUGCAAAUAUACGAAAUCAAUAACGACACGGGAGAAACCAUGAGUCAAAUUCUAUCCACCACGGGAGAAAACUUUGGAGAGGAGUACGAGGCUAACUUUCUACUUCCCAGCGCCCUCGGUAGGUAGUAUUGCGUUGUAUUGUAUUGUAUCCAGCCAAACCAACAGGCAAGCAAGCAAGCAAAGAACGGUUGCUGGGGCUGCAAAGAGAGAAAACCACGAUGCUUGUACGGUACAGAUACCUAUGCACCGCUAACAAAUGGCAGGUAAUGUCGUGUAUCGUCAACAGCAAACAAACAAACAAAACCGCCCUGUUUCGAAGAAUCCCUUCCCUCAAAGUCACAAGGAAGGGGGGCGGAGUGCACGAACUCUUUUACAUGUUCUUGUUACAUUAGAUUUUAGAACACCUAUAACUCAAAUAUCUUCGUCAU